AUGUCAUCCGAGGACCCAGGGAAUGACAUCAUCAUAGAGGUUGAGAAUGUUCCAUCUGGGGUUCAAAGCCACCCACUCUCGAAUGAGAUUUUUCAAGAAAGAGUGCUGGUACGCUCCGGCCUCAGCAGGAUGACAUCAAUUUCUGACAUCGAUGUAAUAGACUCUCCGAUUUCCAGCAGACGGAAUUACAAACAACACAGGCAGUUGUCACAGUUUUCAACAUCUCUGAAUGAAUCAAUUUCUCAGACCCUUCACAUCCCAGAAUGCAUGGGGCUGGGCACUCCUUGUACUUCACUUGAAAGCAUUCAAGGUCAAAAGCUAAUUGCAUCUCUGAUCCCCCUGAGCCCAAGAGACAGAAAUAAGGCUAUCAGGAACCAACCAAGGACCAUGGAAGAGAAAAGGAAGCUCAGGAAAAUUGUUGACACAGAGAAAAGUAAACAGUCUCAUCAUAUCAUUCACUUUAAUUGCUGUACUCAUUGUCUGAACUCCAUUUCACUGGCUUACCGGAGAUCCAGGAAUAGUCUGUCAGAAGUCCUCAACUCCAUCAGCCUGUGGCAGAAGACGCUCAAGGUCAUUGGAGGCAAAUUUGGAACCAGUGUUCUCUCCUAUUUCAACUUUCUAAAAUGGCUUUUGAAGUUCAACAUUUUCUCAUUCAUUGUGACCUUCAGCUUCCUCAUAAUCCCUCAGUUUACUGUGGCUGAAAAGAACACCCUCCAGUUCACAGGAUUGGAGUUUUUAACUGGGGGGGGUUACUUUCGGGACACGGUGAUGUACUACGGCUUUUACACCAAUUCUACAAUCCGGCAUGACAACAGCUGGGCAUCCUACAACAUGCAGCUGGCCUACAUCUUCACAAUCGGAGCGUGCUUGGUCACCUGCUUCUUCAGUCUGCUGUACAGCAUGGCGAAGUAUUUCCGGAACAACUUCAUUAACCCCCACCUUUACUCCAGAGGAAUUGCUAAACUUAUCUUUUGCUGGGACUUCACUGUCACUAAUGAGAAAGCUGUCAAACUGAAACAGAAGAAUCUUAGUACCGAGAUCAGGGAGAAUCUGUCAGAAAUCCGACAGGAGAAUAUCAAGCUGACACUAAACCAGCGGCUGACCCGUCUGUCUGCCCAUGCAGUGGCCUGGGUAGUCUCCACUGGGGUGGCCAUUGCCUGCUGUGUAGCUGUUUACUACCUGGCUGAGGACAACUCAGAGUUCCUGAAAAGGCACAGGGACCCCGGGGCUGUGCUGUUACUGCCGUUUGUCGUGUCCUGCAUCAACCUGGUAGUACCACGCCUCUAUUCCAUGUUCGGGCUGGUGGAGAGGUAUGAGUUGCCGCGCCAUGAAGUCUACACCCUCCUGAUUCGAAACAUCUUUUUGAAAAUAUCCAUCAUUGGAAUUCUGUGUUACUAUUGGCUCAACAUCGUGGCCUUGGCUGGUGAAGAGUGCUGGGAAACCCUCAUUGGCCAGGAAAUCUACCGGCUCCUUCUGAUGGAUUUCGUGUUCUCCUUAGCUGAUUCCUUCCUUGGGGAAUUUCUGAGGAGAAUCAUUGGAAUGAAACUUAUCACCAGCCUGGGCGUACAGGAGUUUGACAUCGCCAGAAAUGUCCUGGAGCUGAUUUACGCACAAACCCUGGCGUGGAUUGGAAUCUUCUUCUGCCCUCUGCUGCCCUUUAUCCAAAUGAUUGCUCUGUUCAUCAUGUUUUAUGUCAAAAAUAUCAGCCUGAUGAUGAAUUUCCAGCCUCCCAGCAAAGCCUGGCGCGCUUCACAGAUGAUGACGUUCUUCAUCUUCUUGCUCUUUUUCCCAUCCUUCACCGGGGUCCUGUGCACCCUGGCCAUCACCAUCUGGAGAUUGAAGCCUUCAGCCAACUGUGGCGCAUUUCGAGGUCUGCCUUUCUUCAUUCACUCCAUCUACAGCUGGAUCGAGACACUAAGUAACAAGCCGAGUUACCUGUGGGUUGUUUGGAUCUACCGCAACCUCAUUGGGAGCGUGCACUUCUUUUUCAUCCUCACCCUCAUUGUGUUAAUCAUCACUUAUCUUUACUGGCAGAUUACAGAGGGAAGGAAGAUUAUGAUCCGACUACUCCAUGAGCAGAUCAUUAAUGAGGGCAAAGAUAAGAUGUUCCUGAUUGAAAAGCUGCUCAAGUUGCAGGACGUGGAGAAGAGAGCGAACCCCAGCUUGCUGACGCUGGAAAGGAGGGAGGUGGAGCAACAAGGUUCUUUGCAUUUGGGGGAACAUGAUGCUACGCAUGGUGAGUAA